CGGAAGACCCGGCAGACCUGCUGCGCUGGGCAAGAGACAUAUUCCCCGAUUCGGACACUCAAGAGAAGAGGAAGAGGAGUGACUGUUUUCACCAGUCGAAAGCAUUCCAGACGAGGGAGGGAGAAAUGUUAGAUAUAGAAGUCAUAGUGAUUCUAAGUGAGCAAAACAAAUUUUGGUAUAAAGUUGCAGUAACUGCCUAUAUCAUGAACGAAGGAGCUGAGGAUGUAUCAUUGGAGCCGCUAACAGCCCGCCAGCUCUUAUAUGGACGCUGGACGAUUAAACCGACAUCAGCGGCAGCGCAGAAAUGUAGUUCGGAAUAG